AGGCGGUGGAACCACUGAGCUAAAUCCCCAUCCCUACAUUGAAUUUUCAUGUCCAUAACAUAGGAUGUCUGUCCAUUUAUUUAGAUUUUUAUAAGUGCUGUUAGUGGGAAAGGAACGUUUUAGGGAUUUGAUGAACUGGGCAGAAUCAGCCAGCUUCCACGCUGUAAAUGGAUUCAGGCUGGGAGGGUUUGGGGAGGUAUAAGUAAAGGAGAGGAUUUGGAAUUGGAACAUUCAGAUUUAAAUUUUGUCUUCCCCACCUUCCAGGUGGAAGGCUGGAGGCAAAUCACUUACUCUCUCUCAAAGACCAUUUCUUCCACCACAAAAGGGAGGCAGAGGCCAAAUCUGCUACCUCACUGGUUUGGUAUUAAGAGGUGGAGAGGGAGCUAGUCUGCCCUUGCAUCCCUGGAGGAAAUCUCCCCAAUUUAAUUAAGGUUUUCACCCUUGCCUUGCUUUGCUGUGACUCUGCUUGGCACUAUAAUUGAUCUAUCUCUACAGAAAAUUGGACAAAUUCUGAUGGGUCAUUAGACUUUGCACUGGGGAUCUUGAAAAGACUGAUCUAGGACUGUUUGCUGUGCCAAGUUCAUCCUUGAAGAUUUUUUAAAAAAUGGAUUUGACCAACCAUGGACUUAUUCUACUGCAGCAGUUAAACGCACAGCGCGAGUUUGGGUUCCUGUGUGACUGCACGGUUGCCAUCGGCGAUGUGUACUUCAAGGCACACAAAUCUGUUCUUGCCUCAUUCUCCAAUUACUUUAAGAUGUUGUUUGUCCAUCAGACCAGCGAGUGUGUCCGGCUGAAGCCCACCGACAUCCAGCCGGACAUCUUCAGCUAUCUCCUGCACCUCAUGUACACUGGAAAGAUGGCGCAACAGCUCAUUGACCCCGUCCGCCUCGAGCAGGGCAUCAAGUUCCUGCACGCAUACCCACUAAUCCAGGAGGCCAGCCUUGCCAGCCAAGGCACCUUUUCCCAUCCUGACCAAGUCUUCCCGUUGGCCUCCUCCCUGUAUGGCAUUCAGAUCGCAGACCACCAGUUGAGACAAGCCACCAAGAUCACCCCUGCACCUGAAAAGCUCGGGCGGGACCCAAGACCUCAGACCUCCAGAUUGGGCCCGGAGCAGGUGCCCGAGGCCUCACAGCUGUCUCAGCUGCCCCCAAACUUGGCCCAGGUGAACCGGACAAACAUGCCUUCCUCAGACCCCCUGCAGACCUCGCUAUCUCCGGAACUCGUCUCCACUCCUGUUCCUGCCCCACCUCCCGGAGAGGAGACCAAUCUGGAAGCCUCUUCCUCGGACGAGCAGCCUGCAUCCCUCACCAUAGCUCACGUGAAGCCGAGCAUCAUGAAGAGGAACGGGAGCUUCCCCAAGUACUAUGCCUGCCACCUGUGCGGGCGGCGCUUCACCCUGCGGAGCAGCCUGCGCGAGCACCUGCAGAUCCACACGGGUGUGCCCUUCACAGCGGGCCCGCAGGGCGAGAGCCGCGUGCCGCUGUCUCUCUGCAGCAAUGCCGCCGACCUCGGCAAGGACGCCAUGGAAGUGCCUGAAGCCGGGAUGAUCAGUGACAGUGAGCUGCAGCACAUCUCGGAUUCCCCCAUCAUCGACGGGCAGCAGCAGUCGGAGACCCCACCGCCCUCGGACAUUGCUGACAUUGACAACCUGGAGCAGGCGGACCAGGAGAGAGAGGUGAAGAGGCGGAAGUAUGAGUGCACGAUCUGCGGGCGCAAAUUCAUCCAGAAAAGCCACUGGCGGGAGCACAUGUACAUACACACUGGCAAGCCUUUCAAAUGCAGCACUUGUGACAAGAGCUUUUGCAGGGCCAACCAGGCUGCCCGCCACGUAUGCCUCAACCAGAGCAUCGACACGUACACCAUGGUGGACAAGCAGACUCUGGAGCUCUGCACAUUUGAGGAGGGCAGUCAGAUGGACAACAUGUUGGUGCAGACCAACAAACCCUACAAGUGCAACCUGUGUGACAAAACAUUCUCCACUCCCAACGAGGUCGUGAAACACUCAUGCCAAAACCAGAAUGCGGACGUCUUUGCCCUAGACGAGGGGCGGUCCAUCCUCCUAGGCAGUGGGGAUCCCGAAGUGACGGAACCUGACCACCCAGUGUUAGCUUCCAUCAAAAAGGAACAGGAAACUGUGUUAUUAGACUGAAUGUUACUUGUCUUUUUAUAAAACUGUCAUUUUUACAAAAACUAUCUUCCUUCUCUUCCCUCCAUUCGGAACCCUAGUUCUCUGUGGCAUGAACAGGUCCCUGUUCCCUUCUCCCCACCCCACCCUACUCCCACCUCUGUGAAGGCUUUGUGCAUUAUAAACCUGGAGUCUGUUUACUUUAAUUCAGGGGAUACUGGAAAGAUAAUGGUCAGUAGAACUUAGAAACUUUAGAUUUUGAGAAGUUUUAGAUUAUUUAAAAGCAUACUUGGAACUAAUUAAGGGUAUAUACAAAACAGAACAACUAAGAUAUAAUUUGGUAAGCUAAAAGUAUGAUUUUUUCCCCAGGUGAUAAGUCUUCCUUUUCAGGAAAAAGCAAUGUCAGAAAGUACAACACGUGUCCAAGAGAUAAUUCUGGGCUCUGUACUAUGCAAAAUCUAGCAGGUGUGGGGAAACUUUAAACCCAAGAAAACGUUUUUAGUAUUUUACCUUCCGGGUGUCUUAUUUCAGAACACAUCCUUUGAGAUUAUGUCCAGUGAGGAAAAAUCACUAGCUAAGAAAUCUACUUCAACAAAACACAAAAGAAAAAGUAAUAAUGUGAUGGCAAUCUUAAUUUCUGGAUAAAACCUGACAAGCUGUGAGUGUGUGUUUGUAAGAGAAAACGUGUGGAUACUUCCUAUAAACAGGUGGAUUAAUGCACAUGCCUUAUCGAUUUGCUGGCUUCUUUCCAAGUUGAACAACAGCAAAAUGCUGUAUUUUCAUUUCUGACAAAUGUGGUUGUUUUUAAAAUCAUUCAAAAGAGAAAUGACACAUUUUCUAGCAGUUGCCAGUGGCAAAUUUGUUUCAGUACCAACCCGCUGCUUUUAAAUCAGUGUACUUAUGUACUGGAGAGGAAAUUAUACAGGAAUAUGCAUCUUACAUGGAAAGUUGGCAGAAGAUGUAACUUUAAUGACUUUAAAAGUCAAUGCUGGGGCCAGGGAUUUAGUUCAGUGGUUCCACUGCCUGCCUUGCAAGCGCAAGGUCUGAGUUCAAUCCCUGGUACCCCCCGCCAAAAAAAAGUCAGUGCUAACAGUUUACUGGCAAUAUUCACUGAAGCAUCAAAAAUGGCAAAGAGAAAUCAGGACCAAAAACUAAUUGCUAGGGUUGGGGAUGAAACUCAGUGGUAGAGUUCUUGCCUGGCAUGCACAAGGCCCUGGGUUUGAUUCCCACCUACCUAAAAAAUAAAAAACCUAAUUGCUAUUUGGGGAAAGACUGUAUUCUCCAGGUUUUUUUCUUUAUUUUAUUUUAUUUUUUUACAUCCUGAAAUUUUCUCUAGUGGCCUGAAAGCAGCAAACGUUGCCCAUUAAUAUUCUCUUAGGCCAAUAAGAGAAUGGUCUUACAGGAUAAAAUAGCCAGAAGUAAGGACCGAAGGGGAAAGGGAGGGGGAGAGUAGUUAAUAGCUAUACUGUAUGUGUAUGUUAAGAACUGAAUAUCCCAUCAUCCUAUUAUAUGUAUAGUUGAGUUCUCAGAUUUGUAAGUUUUUAUACAUGCUUUCAUU